UUAUCGAUACGUUCAGCGUGAUCAUUAUGGUGCUAAAUGCUCUCAGAUAUUAAAAAAGUAACCUCCAUGAAAAACAAAUCUAGAAAAUCUAGCAUUGUUAACAGAGGUCAGAAAAACGCAACGAAGAUACGUAACAAGGAUGAUUGGCGCCACGAGUUAGAUUCCAUACGGAUCAACGAUGAUCGUUGGUGGUGUAUGGUGACGAUGAUGGUGGAGACGAUUGCCGAGCACAGUCGCUACGUUUCUCUCUUCGACGAAGCGGUUGAGGAUGGGGGGCAGGCGUGUAUUUAUUCCCUGAGUUAUCAGAGAGCGGUGAACACGGUGAAAACGCUGGCAAAACAAGAUCCAGAGAAAUGCCCGGCCGUCGAGAGUAUCUGUCAUUACGUGGACGCGAUCUUAAGCGAAAACAACGACCAUCUCUCUACCUGGCUGAUUGCACGGCUCAUAAAGUAUCUGAUCUAUCGCGCCAAAACCGAGCACAUUGAGAGACUUAAAGUAGAGGCGGACCGUGGCAAAAUCGAUGAAGAAUGUCCGACAGUUCAGAAUACCGACGGCUCAACUUCUUCGCGAAGCAUUACCGAGCUUCGAAGAGCCUACAGUAACGAGACCGAGUACGUGUUCAACGGCAAAGUGAAUACACGUUUACGUACGGAUAACGUGCCUUUUGACGGACCGAAACUAUACGUUGUGCUUAGUGGGUUUCGCAAUCCUGAUUUACCAGCAGAAUUGUUAAGCGUCGGAGUUCCUUUGACCUGUAUAUUAGAGAUUAAGCUACCCGGCGAGCAGUACAUUGCGCAUCGCGAAGCGGAGGAAGGGGAUACAACGAUCCGAGGUAAAACGCAUUUCUUUGAGGAUCGCCAUACCAAUGAAACUGAGUUACUCGAAUUUUGGAGGGUUACGCGCGAACGAUUCGCUAAUCUAUCGGCUUAUCCGAUGUAUUCUGACAUAACUGUCCUUACCGUCCAUCCGUCAAUCAUCCCGGAAACGAUUAACGCUAUCGAGAAGGCGUCUCGGAAACGAGAUAUAUAUAACAGAGUGCUCCUUACUUUGCAUCAUUUGUAUGAUCUUUGCCGACAGCAUGCAAAGUACCUUAAAAGCAUGAAACUGGAGAAAGGAAUCGUUGAUACGAGGAACGAGAUGGCAGAUACUGAGAUUUACGAGAGUGCAUUAAGUGACAUACCUAACGAAUACAUCGGCGUUCCGUUGAUAUUGAGCGCGAUUCUUCUUCAGAUCGAGCACAAUCUCGCGACAUCGUCCGAUGGACGUUUCCCUGUCGAUCACGACACGGGAUUUAGCGGCGCCGAUACCAGGCACGAGAAUACAUCAACGACAGCCGAACGGAGCCCUGUAUUCAAUAUGCAGGAUAAGCUGAAACUACUUGAUCUUGAGUACGAGCUUACCGAUGAAUAUGCCGACGGCACCAGUCAGCCUUCCGAGCUCGAAGUUGUACCGUACGGGGACACUUUGAGCAUGAUCAUCUGUCAGCGCGCCGAUCGCCUAGCUGCUCGUCUGGACGACGCGGUGCUGCGAGUUCUGCGGGAUCCGAGAAUAAUUAACGUUUGGCGGGAUCACGUGGUGCCGACGAGAUCGCGAUCCGACAUGUAUCUCUGCCACAUGGACAAUAUCGCGCGUGCGUUCGAUCGAGAGCGAACAGUCAGUCGCGAGGAAAUCGUGCAUUACGUGCACCUCUUGAUGUUCGACGAUCUGAUCUUCUCCGGCGGCAGUCGCGCGGCGAGAGCGCGACUGCUGCAAUCGCCGGGGAAUGAGUCGCCGGAAUUAAGACGCGCGCGAUCGGCGAUAAGAAGAGCGCGAAGCGUGCCAAAUUUUACGUCACCUCUGUACGCGGCGUCGAGUCUACGCCGUUCCAAAAGCGACACCGAGAUUGAUUACUGCAAGCCGGUAGUCACAUUCACCGAAUGCCCGCUUUUGUUCGCGCUAACAGACGCUAGAGAGACAUUGCUUCCGGGAUAUCUGCGCGAACAUGUCUUCACGAAGAGAAGUUACGAAAGACCGAGUCUCGAAGAAUACGAGGACGUCGAGUUGCUCUCGUGCCGGGUUUUUCUCCAGGUCGCCCACGACUGUUUCCAAAGUUUCGAUCGUUUCGCGGCGAGAUACUUCGAGCCGACGGAUUCGGUGCUGCUUUACUUCAGCGACAACAACAGCGCGGUGGAUGACGUGUCCGAGGAAAGGUGCUUGUCGAGUAUACGUACGCCCAUCGGGCUCCAUGAAUUCUGCGAAUAUAUCGCGGUGGAGAAAGAGAAUUGGAUGAAACGGGAGCGGGAGACGCGCCAAUCGCGCAGGACGGACCUGACAGGAAGAUUUAUGAAGAAAUCCAUCGAGGUGGAAGACGACGACGCGAUCAUAUUCGACGACGAGUGCUUCAUGCUUCCGGAUUCUCUGAAAGCGCGACGUCUGAAGAGAAGUUCGGAUCGCGACGGGCAAAAGAAAAUUUUCGAAACGAAGAAAUUCGAGGAGGUGGCAGCGGCGGCGGCGGCGGUGGAGAACGUCAAGGAAAAGAAAAUGACAGAACAGAAACGAAACGAGGCGCCAACGGCGAACAACGGAAGCGGACGGGCGGAUGGAAGAGUUAUGAGUGGAAAAACGUCAAUGACGGAGAAAAAAUCGGACACAAAGAUAGAUGAUGUCGAUACGUCCUUCUUACCGGUGAAAAAAAUUCUAUCGUCUCAAUGUGUCGUGACGGGCGGGCCGUACGACUUCGUCGGAUACGAUCUCGGUGGUCUUCGUGUUCAAGUGAUUCAUCAUAGCAAAAAGUUUCUUUUGGACGGCGAUACAUCGGUGCGGGUCGAGCUCGAGGACUGGCUUCACGGCGACCGCGAUUUACGCAUCGCUGUUACUCUGUCACACUGCACUUUACGAUUGUCUAGCGGAGUUAGUCGCCGUCACUCAACGGACACAUUUCACUUAACUACGAAAAGGGGAAUUGUGUUAGGUUUCCACCGAAAUAGGAGAGAACUGGUUGAAAACUCAUCCGAUUCCCAUUGGCGAAAUUUGACUUUCGACUUUCGUGCUUCAUGGCCUUCGGGGUUAUUGAUAGAACCAACCGUCGAGGACGGCACUAAAAAUCCAUUUUGCAUUCGGCAAUCGUACGUUUCGAAACGUCCCGGGCGUGCAGGUGCAGCCCGUGAAGUCCGCCGGAACUUUCUCAGAAACGGCACCGUCCUAAAGUAUCUGGACGACAAUACUGUCGUCAUCUUCCGCUCGAAUGGCGUCAUCGUGACGUGCAUGGACUUCGACAAGCCGCAAUCGCACGAUGAAUCCAUCCACGAGGCGGAUCCAAAAAAAUUCAGGAUCAAAAAGGGCAACUCGAGGCAAUCGGUGGCAGCCAAGCAUAGCGGUAAAGUCACAGAUUCCACGGAGACGCGUUCCAAUGGAUCGAUCGUAAAACCGUCGAAACAGCAUGUAUUACGACUGGGAGAACUUGUGACUAGCGACGGAGACGACUCAUUGAUAACGGGAGCACUCGCCGUGGGUGAAGUGUUACGAUACUCGGUGGUGAAUUACGAUGGUCGACGCUACGAGGUGCUGAACGAUCUGGUCGUAAGUGAACACGAUCGAUUGCUCGUUAGAACAACGUCGGAUUACGAGGUCAACGAGGUAUUCACACGUCGUGCCGACGGUACUGAUACGUUGCUUCGUUCAAAUGGAGAAUUGGUCGUUACCUUCCCUGACGGCACGUGCAUCAUUACCGGUUACACGGUGGAGGAACAGCCAGUAAUUUGCGAAUGGACGAAGAACGAAUUGAAGCGAUACUUCGGAGACGCGGAAACGAAAGAACAUGGUGCUCUCGCGCGGUCGUCACCCGACAUCGAGUUCACGCGCGAGGGUACGUCCGUGCCGCACGUUGGACGCCAAGGGGAACCAACGAGGGCGGUAUCGAUCGCGGACGGUUUUGUCUCGAUCUUGUUGACUUUCCGCAUGGAGCACAAAGACUACGCCGCUGUGUCGUACGAUCAGUCAGCAGUUUGCUGUACUUUAUCGAUGCCCGACAAUCUCCGUGUCAGCAUAUCGAGAAGAGGUCAUUACAAAGUUUCAAUGGGCGACCAAGUUAAUCUGAAGAUUUCCGACGAUGAUACGGCGUUCUGGAAGAGGUGUGCUACUUGCGGCGAAAGAUCGACGUCGACUUAUAAGUUUCGGGAAUCCUUCGGAGCUGAUGCGCGAACGAUUCUCACGACCGUCGGUAUUCUCGGGAAUGUGCUUGAGGUUAAAAGUGACGGUACCACGCGUUAUCGUCGAAGCGAGGGCCGUCGAAGGGGUCGCGACGAGUGCAACGACGACAACGACGUCGUUCUCGAACACGGCGAAGAAAGAAGAAGUGGCGAAGAAAGGGACGCCAAGUCGGGGGCAAGGAUCCAUUGCAAACACGAACGAUAUUGCGAGACGCUCAAGUUUCCUGCGAGAAGUCAAUACAGAAUUUUCGCGAUGAAUCGCGAUCUGACAGCCUGCGAGUACCUUCAUCGAUCGGUUAGAUGUGAGCAAGAGGUGGCAGCCGUCUUUGACGACGAGAUGAGUAUGAUCCAGUAUCCAAUUUCACGUCGACCGGAACUUCAUCGCUUGAUUACAUUUGUGCCGGUGAAACCGGAAUUGGGAUCAAAGGAAAUGUUCUGUCAAUACCGGGUUACGUCUGACAAACGGACGGAUUACGAUAGAAUUGAAUUACCGCGAAGCACUUAUUCGUUUCCGUACAACUGGCUGUUCCCCUUUGGCAAAAAAGUAGUUCCUGAAAGAACUCGGAACGAAGUUUUAGCAAAGCGAAAUGAGCAGUCGCUGCCCAAGUUAUUGCGAGUGCGCGUUUUCUUCGGCAUUAAAGGGGCAGACAGAAGCGUUCUGAUCGAUAUGCAGAGAGCCAUGGGACGCUAUUGGAUAUCUGUGUUACGUGAUGGUGACAAAUGUCGGCUAUUUUACGCGACUGGAAGCAGUCGACCCUGCGAAGUUGAAAAUGAUUACGGGAGUUCGGAGGACGGCCUACGAGAGCUGGCUGUAGGCGUUAAGGGAAGCAUCGACGCCGAGACGUACGUCAGAAGCCUUCGGGGUAAGCUCAUUAAAGUGAGCACGAAAGCUCCUCGGCAGUCGAGCCGUCUUGCGGAGUUACUUCGACAAAGAGGCACGAUGAAGGAGGUAUACGAGUGGUAUAAACAGUGCAUGAGGAAACGAAUUAUAGUACCGUACUUCGGAAAUAUCGCUGAUUCGCUUUAUUUCUUCAUGAAAAACCAUGUCGUCGGAGUGGCAUCGAGGAAAAGUCAUUUGCGUGUGUCGCGGGAAAAAGAGGAAGAACUUAUCGAUAGAAAUGAAGAAAAUUGUUGAUUUUUCCGUUGAAAUGGAAUAAAGUUUCUUUUUAAUUAGAUUUAACUGCUCGCGCGUUUACGUAAAAAUAUUUGUUUCCCUGAUGCGAAACGAAAGCUUGACAGUAAUUUGUAUUUAUUUUUUGUUUGUUAAUGUUUGCUUGUAGAGACGAAGUGACAUAAAAAUCCUCACUCAUUUUUUCAUUGA